AUGAUUCCAUCUACCGUCAUCGUCGUCGGCUCCGGCCUCGCCGGCCUAACCGCCACCAUCCAACUCCUCGGCCAGCGCAUCCCGGUUCUCAUGCUGGAACGAUUCUCCCAUCCCGGUGGAAAUAGUAUCAAGGCUUCGUCGGGAAUCAAUGGCGCGCCUACUCCUUUCCAACCCAUUCCGAACUCCGACAGUGUCGCGGCUUUUCACGACGAUACCGUCACUUCCGCUGGGGCACCGUUGGUCGCGGCCUCGGGGGCAGAGAAGACCCGUCGGCAGAAUCUCAUUGAGACCUUGGUGGGACAGUCCUCGGGGGCGAUUUCAUGGCUAGCCGAUGAGCAGGGCAUUGACCUGUCCCGGGUGGCACAGUUGGGCGGACAUAGCUUUGCACGCACUCAUCGGGGGGCGGGGAAGAAACCGCCCGGAUACGAUAUUGUGAGUACCUUACUGGGGCGAGUCACUGGGGAUGAGCUGUUCCGGAUGGAGACGGGGCGCCGCGUGACCAAACUGUUGCGAGAGGCGGGGGGCCAGGUAUCGGGGGUGGAGUAUACGUACGUCCGGGACAACGAAACCGUGGUGGAGAAGGCAUAUGGGCCGGUUGUGGUGGCGAGUGGAGGAUUUGCCGGGGAUGCACGCGGAUUGUUAGCCCGGUAUCGGCCGGAUUUGGCGGGCAUCCCGUCCACGAAUGACCACCGGGAAGGCACGCAGCCUCUGCUGCAGGAGAUUGGCGCUGCGGUGGUGGACAUGGAGCACGUGCAGGUGCACCCGACCGGGUUUGUGGAUAGUAAGGACCCGGAGGCGGCGGUGAAGAUCCUGGCAGCGGAGGCAUUGCGUGGGGAAGGGGGCAUUUUGGUUCGAGGAGACGGGCGGCGCUUUGUCAAUGAAUUGGAGAAGAGGGAAACGGUGACGCACGCCAUGAUGGAGCAGGCGAAAGAGUUCCCCACCACGGCGAGACAGUGGGACGUCAACUUGGUGCUGGAUGAGGGGGCUGCCGCCGCGUUGCAGAUGCAUCUAGGGUUUUAUACGAUGAAGGGACUGAUACGCCAGACCACGGUGGGCGAGCUGGCCGAGGAAAUACCAUUGCUGCAUGGAGCACUACGGGAGUAUGUCGACGUGGUGUCUGAAAAGACGAAGGAUCCGUUUGGACGUCAGUCGUGUGGGCAUUGGACGCUCACGGAGGUGCUACCGGAGUCCAGGGUGUAUGUGGGCAAGGUGACACCUGUGGUGCACUUCACCAUGGGCGGGGUGGUGAUCAACGAGCGCAGCCAGGUGUUGGAUGGCCAAGGGCAGCCGAUUCCGGGCCUGUGGGCGGCGGGCGAGAUCACUGGAGGCCUCCACGGCCAGAAUCGGUUGGGCGGAUCGUCGUUGCUGGAGUGUGUCGUGUUCGGCCGCAUCGCCGGGGAUGAAGCUGCCGCGUUCUACCAGGGUCUUGAUGGCCAAUGUCUUGCAUCUUCAUGAUCUGGGGACGGUGGCAGUGGUUUAAAUAGUCGUGUAUUUUAGCAGUGAAUAUACUACCAAGUCAAUAAGCCCGGUAGAUACUGAUCCAUUCUAGAUGUUUAAAUAACUUCUUUCUAAAG